GGGUGGAGCGAUGCUGUCACGUGAUCGUUGCCUUAGCAACGGGAGUGAAGCCGAGCCCAGGAGCGGAGGUGUCUCCGGUCACUUGUUUCUUCAGUCAGAAAAAGAUAUUUAAGUGGUGAACGCAACCAUUCAAAAUGAGUCAAUGGUAUAACUCACUGGUGCCCAAUAUCAUAGAUGAAAACAUGCUCAACCUAGCAGUGGUGGAGCAGGGUCCAACUGGAAAAGCAGGAGAAAUAGCCAAAGAGGAGGGGAUUGACUUUAAAGAUGUAAAACACCUUCAGCUGGAUUUCAGAAAUAUCCUGAAGAUUGAUAACCUAUGGCAGUUUAAAACCCUAACGAAACUCCAGAUGGACAAUAAUAUCAUUGAAAAAAUUGAGGGACUGGAGACACUUAUCAAUCUGGUGUGGCUGGAUUUAUCCUUCAAUAAUAUUGAAAUUAUUGAAGGACUAGAUGGAUUGAUUAAUCUGGAAGAUCUAACUUUGUACAACAACAGAAUUUCUCAUAUUGAAAACAUGGAUUCGUUAGCAAAUCUGCAAAUAUUCUCUAUUGGCAAUAAUCAUCUCAAUCAGCUGGAAAAUAUACUCUACUUGCGAAGGUUUCAACACCUACGCACAUUAAACCUGGAUGGGAAUUCAUUGUGCGAAGAUGAACGCUAUAAAAUCUACAUUGCUGCUUACCUCCCAAACCUGGUGUACCUGGACUUCAGGUUGAUCGAUAAAAACAUUAGGGAAAUAGGUUUACGUACGUAUCACUACCCUAUUGAAGAAUUGAUCCACAACGAGAAAACAGAGUUUAUGAAGCUUGAAGCAACGAGGCUUAAGGAUGAAGAGUUAGCUUUACACAAGGCUGCCUACGUGGAGUACCUCAAUGGAUCCAAUCUCUUCGACAGCAUGUUUGCAGAAGACGUUGAAGCAGAAAAGCUUGGACAUCUCCCUGGAUUGGCCGAAUUUGUAGAGACAUACAAGGCUGAAUUUACUGAGAUUUGCAUAAAGAUCUUUCAUUACGGGCUCCGCGGGUAUGAAACCCGGGAAAAAGAGGUCAAACAGUUCCUUGAAUGUCUUCAAGAAGCCAUCGAGGACAACCAGAACAUUGGAGUGGAAAUUAUAAAGGACUUUGAGGAAAAGAGCAAAGAGUUUAUAAGUGAACAACAGCAUAUUGUUGAAGCCAGUCUUCUCGAAAUUCAUGUCGACAAUUUUAGGAUAGCCCUAAAAAAGCUGUGGAACACACUCAUGAACUUGGAAAUGCAACUGGUUGACCAGCUAGAGGAAACAAUUAAAGAUUUUGAACGAAAUAUUUCAGAAAUGGUUUCAACUUACAUUGAAAAUGUGCAGGCUCUAAUAGCUCAGUGCCGAGAUCUGGAGAAUCAUUAUCACGAGAACGUUUUGGAAAUCGCCGUGAGCACAUAUGAAAAAAUGGUCAAGAACGAAGUGGAGGAGGAAAUGCCGGAUGGCAGUCAGUUGCCUUUUUGUGAUAAGGACACAAUUGUCAAUGCAGUGAAUGCGUCACAUGACAUGCAUCUGCUUAAGAUUGAUAAUCGAGAAGAUGAAUUGGUUACAAGGUCGAAUGGCUGGACCACUGCUAUGAUGGAUAAGCUGCACAUGGAAGAAAUAAACCGAAACCGUAAACGAGUUUUGGAAAUUAACCAUUACAUCGACCACUGGUACAGUGAAUUGGAGUUCUUGUAUAUGCAGGAAGCAGUGUAAUUUGAUCGUGGAGCAGAGGCCUUUGUAAAGUUAUCCUUCCAGAAGUUUUGUUGUAAGAAUUUUUAUAAAAAUUCAAAAGUUCUG